AUGGCAUCAAAGGGAGAAAACAAUUCUAGGAACAAGAAAAUUGUGGCUGAUUUGUUAAAGUUGCCUGGAAACAAAGUUUGUGCUGAUUGUAACGCUCGUGGUCCUCAAUGGGCCAGUACCACUCAAGGAGUAUUUGUUUGUAUUCGAUGUGCUGGUUUGCACAGAAAAUUAGGUACUCACAUUUCCAAAGUCCGAAGCGUUGGUUUAGAUUCAUGGAAUGAUGAACAAACAAGGAUGGUUGAAUUGUUCGGUAACGAUAAAGCAAACGCCAUCUUUGAAGCCAAGUUGGACAAGGAAAAACCAACUCCAGAUACAGACACAGCCACUGUUGAAAAGUUUAUCAGAGCCAAAUAUGAACGAAAAAUCUGGAUUGACAAAGAGGAAGAAGCUAGACAAUAUGGUAAUUUACAAUUGGGCAACGGUAGCGAAGAAUCAUCGCCUGCAACAACUCCAAGCACUCCUCUCAAAACAUCAGUCUCUACACAAAACUUUGCUUCAAAAACUCCAUCAACUUCCAAUUUACGUACAGUUUCAUCACAAGAGGAAGUUAGUUCAAUGACAAACGCCAAUAGCAACAGCAGAAGCAACAUCAGUAACGCCUCUAAAACACCAACUCCAAAAAUUCAACCAUCAACAAGCACUCCUUCUCUUAUUUCUUUCGAUGACAACAAGCAGGAUGACUUGCAACAAUUUGUCAUUAGAGAUAGUGUGUCUUCACAAAGUUCUAAUAACACUCCAGUCGUCAGCGGAAAAGAUAGCGUUCUUGCAAUGUUUGAGUCUCCUCCAGUGCAACCUCUUCGAAAUGGACCACCUCAAAAUCCUAAUCAACCAAUCAUGAUUCCAGGAGGUCCACCUCCACUCAACAACAAUAAUGGUGUCAGAAUGCCUCCUCCUAUCAACAAUGGUGUCAGAAGUGGACCACCACCUCCAUACAUGAUGCCACCAAUGGGUAGAGGAUAUCCACCAACAACAGGAUCACCUUUGAUGAAUGGUCCACCACCACUCAACAACAAUGGCUUUAUGAAUGGUCCACCUCCAUUGAACGGAGGAUUUAUGAAUGGCCCACCACCGCUUAACAAUGGCAAUUUCAUGAAUGGUCCACCAAUGAUGGGAAGAGGUUAUCCACCACAACCAACCUUCAACAACCACAACAAUGGAAUGAGAUAUUAA